UAGAGGACACUUCUCCUAACUGGAGUAAUAUCAUAGUUUCUUUUACAAAACAGAGAAUUGUACCAUAUCCAAAAUCAUUUAGUUUCUGAAAUUGUUAUGGAGAGUGAAGGAAAGAUUGUGUUCACAGAAGAGCAAGAGGCUCUUGUGGUGAAGUCAUGGAGUGUCAUGAAGAAAAAUUCAGCUGAAUUGGGUCUCAAACUCUUCCUCAAGAUCUUUGAGAUUGCACCAACAACAAAGAAGAUGUUCUCGUUCUUGAGAGACUCACCAAUUCCUGCUGAGCAAAACCCGAAACUCAAGCCCCACGCUAUGUCUGUUUUUGUCAUGUGUUGUGAAUCAGCAGUACAACUGAGGAAAACAGGGAAAGUUACAGUGAGGGAGACUACUUUGAAGAGACUUGGAGCUAACCAUUCUAAAUACGGCGUCGUUGACGAACACUUUGAGGUGACAAAGUAUGCAUUGCUGGAGACGAUAAAGGAGGCGGUGCCUGAGAUGUGGUCACCGGAGAUGAAGGUCGCUUGGGGUCAGGCUUAUGAUCACCUUGUUGCUGCCAUCAAAGCUGAAAUGAAGCCUUCCAACUAAAAAUCAUAUAUUAUUAUAUAGUUGUAAUAAAAAUUUUAAUAUGAAUUGUUGUCAUAACUGUGUGGUUAGGUUUGAGGUUUAAUAAUAAUGUAUAAUGUCUACUUUGUUUUUGAUAAAUUUGUACAUAACUUAAGAUACUUUUUAAAA